UACAGGAGAUGACCAGAAACUGCGGACAUAGUACAGAUGACCAGAGACUGCGGACACAGUACAGGAGAUGGCCAGAGAUUGCGGACACAUUACAGGGGAUGACCAGAGACUGCGGACAGUACAGGAGAUGACCAGAGACUGCGGACACAGUACAGGAAAUGACCAGAGACUGCGAACACAGUACAGGGGAUGACGAGAGACUGCGGACACAGUACAGGGGAUGACGAGAGACUGCGGACACAGUACAGGAGAGGACCAGAGACUGCGGACACAGUACAGGAAAUGACCAGAGACUGCGAACACAGUACAGGGGAUGACGAGAGACUGCGGACACAGUACAGGGGAUGACGAGAGACUGCGGACACAGUACAGGAGAUGACCAGAG